AUGGCAGAGAUUCACACGAACCUGGAUCCGCUCCCUCGACAGGUACGCGAUGGAAUGAUAUCUAUGGGGGUGUUUGGGCUUGUGUCCAGUGCCUCCACUCUCAGUUUAAUGAUAUUUAUCACAUAUCGGAUGAUAUUUUGGCGACGAUACUACGACCAUCCAAUUGCAACGAAUCAAAUAUUUGUCUUGAUCUACAAUCUUCUCCUCGCGGACUUCCAACAGGCUCUCAGCUUCGUCUUCUCAUUCUACUGGAUUUCACAGAAUAAAUUGGUUGGACCGUCGCCUGCCUGUUUUGCUCAGGGCUGGCUUAUUCAGAUUGGUGACGUAUCGUCGGGUCUAUGGGUGCUGGCGAUUGCUGUCCACACAUGUAUCAAUCUAGUUGGGCAAAGGACGAUCAAGCACAGAACGUUUGUUAUUGCGGUGAUUGCCCUGUGGGCAUUCUGUUUGUUCCUCACAGCAAUUGGCCCACUACUGGCCAAGGACGACUUCUUCAUCCCCGCAGGCGCAUGGUGUUGGAUGAAUGAAAGCCACGAGGCGGACCGAUUAUAUCUUCAUUAUCUAUGGAUCUUCAUCUCACAGCUCGGGUCUCUCGUCAUUUACAUUUCCAUAUUCUUUUUCCUCCGGGGCCGACUCGCCAAUUCUAGCAAACUCCAGACUGCAGCAUUGUCUUCUGUUUCCGACGAAGGACGACCAGGACCUUACAAGGGAAGUCCAACGACAACCACGACAAUCAUGAGCAAUGGACACGACACUUUCGCCGUAUCGAGGCAACGGAUCUUACGAACAGCGCGAUACAUGGUCGUCUACCCUUUCGCUUAUGUUUUCUUAACACUGCCUCUCGCUACAGGCAGAAUCUCAUCAAUGGCAGGGAAGCGACCUCCCUUGGUAUUCUUCCCCAUCGCCGGUACAUUGAUGGCAAGCUGUGGAAUCAUCGAUGUGAUAUUAUACAUCUCGACGAGAAAAGCACUCGUAAGGAGUAGUGUUGGAGUGAAAGGGCAAAGUCGAAGCGCGCGAUCCCGAGCAAACGAGUCAUCAAGGAGAGGAGCACGAGGACAGUCUUUCAGAUUAGGAGAACUACGAGAUCACGACGAGGAAGAUCAAAUUCGAGUUGGGAACGGAGUCCUAUUAGGCGGCACCAUCGUGGUGUCGAAAUCCAUCGUCAUGAGCGCAGAUUCAUUUGAGGGUUCAAGGAGGUCGCAACGGUCUGACUCGCUGCAAAGUCUCGUCGUCAACAAAGAAGACGUAUCUCACAAAGCUUGGCUCAAAUAG